UAGCAAGUAGCAUCCAAUUGUAUCUUUCUUCUCCCAGUUUCUUCUUUUGUUCUUCCGUUUUUAUUUUCUUGUUUCAGCAUGUGGCUAUUCUUCUAGCUCUUUCCCUUUUCUUUCUCUGUUUAUUAUUGUACCGGUUUGUGCCCCCUAUCCGGGUACCAAUUGAAGCACAGUUACUUACUGGCCCAACCGUUACAGCUCCGAAUCACCGGCCGAGUCUAGCCGGUCCAGAUCGAGUCGCUUGCAUGACCGAUCCAAUACUCAACUCGAAUCCCGGUUCAACCGGCAAGUUGAAUCUCUCAUUCCUUUUCCUUCUUGUGCUUACUACUACUUACUUGGAAUUACAUGUUGUGCAAAUUACAUGUUUAAAUAAACGAUAAAAUUAGGGUUGACAGAGAGAAAUCAGCUUGGAGGAGAUUGCUAACUUGAAUCUAUUCUUUAAUGGGAGUGAUCAAGGAUGGCACAAUCUCAGGGGUUCUACCUGACCCUGAGGGAUUUCUGGUGCACUAUCCUGCUUAUCCAUCUUCUGUGUCUCGUGCCGUCGACACCCUCGGUGGAAUUCAAGCCAUCCUCAAGGCUCGAAGUUCGCAAUCAAACAAACUAGAGCUCCAUUUCCGCCCUCAAGACCCUUAUUCACAUCCUGCGUUAGGGGAGCUUCGUCCCACCAACACAUUGCUUCUCAAAAUAUCAAAGAGUAGAAAAUUUCCCUGUGAUCAUGGUUCCACAAGUACAAAGGACAAUGCAACGCAAGAAAACCAACCUCAUAAAGUUGACAAUGAUGAAAGUCUCUGUGCCGAUAUUGUUGCUCGUGUUCCAGAAGCUUAUUUUUUUGAUGGAAUGGCUGACUACCAACAUGUUGUUCCUGUUCAUGCUGACAUUGCCCGGAGGAAGAAGAGAAACUGGUCGGAACUAGAAGAACCGCUCUUUGCUAAGGGUGGUCUCAUGGAUGUGGAUCAUGAGGAUGUUAUGAUUAUAGUGCCUCCAGUUUUUGCUCCAAAAGAUAUUCCUGAAAAUUUGGUCUUGAGACCACCAACCGUGUUGAGUUCAAAAAAGAAACAAGAGCAUAAGAAACAAAAGCAUAUUUUACAACCACAUUUCAAGAUGGACACAGAGAUGGAACCAGUUCUUGCACUUGAUUGUGACAUUAAAGAGAUUCCUAAAAGAGUGAAUUGGGAGGAGUACAUACCACAAAGCUCAGAUCAGUGGGAGCCGCAAAUGGUCGUAUCUAAAAUGUUUGAUGAGCGGCCUAUAUGGUCCAAAAAUUCGCUCACUGAACGCCUGCUUGAUAAGGGCUUAAGCUUUUCACAUGACAUGCUCAGAAGGCUUCUCUCUAGAAUCUCUUACUACUUUUCCAGUGGACCAUUUCUCAGGUUCUGGAUCAAGAAAGGAUAUGAUCCACGUAAAGAUCCUGAUUCACGCAUUUAUCAGCGAAUUGAUUAUCGAGUGCCAAUCCCUUUGCGAAGUUACUGCGAUACUUACUCAGCCAACAAAUUGAAGCAUAGAUGGGAGGAUAUAUGUGCCUUUCGAGCUUUCCCUUACAAGUUCCAGACAUCUUUACAGUUGUUUGAGCUUGUUGAUGAUUAUAUUCAAUCAGAAAUAAAUAAGCCUCCAUCACAGGCAACUUGCACCUUUGCAACUGGGUGGUUCUCACAAAAUACAAUGAAUUGUAUUAGACAACGUCUAAUGGUGAGGUACCUAUCAAUAUUUCCCAAGCCUGGUGCAGAGAAUUUACUUAGAGCUGCCACUUCUAGGUUUGAAAAACUGAAGCGGGAAUGCAUUAGGAAUGCCAUGAAGCUUGAUGGAGAGGAAUUCCAGCAAGCCAAUCCAGGUUUGGAAGAGAAUGAGGAACCUGACAAUGUUGAAGAUGAUGAAGAGGGUAAUGAUAGUGAGGAGGAAUGGGAAGAAGAACUUGAUCUGGCUGGAGAUACUGAAGUGCCUCUGCCGUCUGAUUCCUACUUCAACAUGGAGAAUAUUUCAAGGUCCCAUUUACAGGAGCUUUUUGUUAGCUUUCCAUCAAAUGAAGUUGGUAUUGACAAAGCUCACGAAGAUUGCAGUGAUGAAGAAUAUCCCAUAUACGAGGAAGAUAGUGAUGACAACUACUCUGAUGAAUGAUUGCUGGCAUUCAGGCUUUUCAGACACAGAUUUCUUCUUGAAGUGUUUCUGGAAAUUUUGCUCCUCAGUUUUGAGGAGCUUCAGUGAUUUUAUAAACUUAGAUAAUUAUUUUUUUAAAUCUGAAAUGUAUAUAAAGUUAAAAUUGCAUCUAAAUAUUAUUAUGGAUAAGUAAAUUAGGUUAUACAAUUAUUAAAUUUUUAA